GUCAGAGGCGUUGAUCCUGUUUUGUGGUUAUUUUAGAUACAUGCAAAACUCCACAGCAUUCAGUAAGAAAAGCAGUGUAUGAAGGCGUCACAGAGCUCUGAUAACACAUAUUGCACCGUACAGCUAGAAGUUGCUGUUGCUGCCAUCAAACAGACUCGCAAUGCAACCGAUCGGUCCUUCCUUCUUUAUCCUAGGUUUGGUUGUGGCUUCUGUCGCAGCAGAUGAGACGUCAACGUUCAGAUGGUCUUCCACAACUUCAAAGACAUUUAACAACACAGUCGGCGGUACCGACGGCACUCCAAUCACUGUAACAGCCUCCGCCGCCACCAACACCGCCAGUGUCUCCAUUACCACCAGCGACAUGAACACCACCAACACCAAAAGCACCAUCACACCCUCAACAACAAAGCAGAAAGCGAAUGAAAGUUCUCAAGAUGACCAAACCACUAAAAACGUGACGCCCAAGAUGAUCUUGCCUACGCCCAAACCCGCCGGUCCUACAGCUACCACCAAAGCAAAAGACAACCUCAAGGACAAGAGCUCCACUGCUAAGCCAAACAUGGAAAAAGGUGACGGCAUCGGCAUCAUCAUCCUCGUUGUGAUCAUCCUCGUAGCUCUUGGUUUUGGACUUGCCUGCUACUUCAGUCGGAGGAGAGUAAGACGCUACUCUGUUGACUUCACUUCCAGACCGGAUGAAGCCAACAUCCCUCUCAGCACUGUGGAGCCUGAGCUGCCUGUUGAUACCGUCUCUCAGAACGGUCUGCAAACAUUUGGAAGUGCAGAAAGUGCUGCAAAUGAGCCACAAGAACCAGAGGCAAAACCUCUGAAACCUGAAGAGCAGGAGGAGCAGAAAGCUGAGGCUGAUAAAUCUGUUGUUGAUCCCAGCGCUGAGUCUGCAGCUCCGGCGCCGCCCCCAGACGGCGCAGAGGACAAGCCCGAGGAGGACGCGGUCGAGCAGAGUCCUCCUGCACCUGUGGAGCCGAGUGCGGAGGAGAAAACUGAUGAUGAAGGAGUCGUCUCCAGCAAGACCUCAGUGGAAUCGCUGAAGGAGGCAAAUGAGAACAACAGCAACAAUGCUGACAGACAGCAGAGAGAUCUGAAGUGCAACAGCCUGUUCUGGGAUGUUCCUCUGGACUGUCCGGUGUGACACAUAUUGCCCCUCUGGCCCUGUGCUGCUCUUCGGGAGCUCGACUGAAGAAGGACUCGAGUGGAAAAGGACACUUCAGUUCAUAAUGUGCGAGAAAUCAGGUCAGCCGUCGCCUCCUUGUUUGAAACUAAUCUGAUGUAACACAGCGGCUUUUUCAAAGUUAAACGUCAGCUGAGCUCAGCUUUUCAAGUGUUUUAUCGAUAACUGAACUUGUGUGCUUUACAUUUACAAUUUACUGGAUUUAUAGACUAAAUGUUAAUAUUUUUGGUACAACUGCAACACGUUAAGCCCCUCCUCCUAUUUAGCAUUUAUAAGCAGUAACAAAUGGUUUAUAACAAACUAUAACAUUAUUGUAAGCAGAUAUCAGUGUUUCUAAAUGUAUUUGUCUUGUAUUUGUAUUUAUAUCUCAUUCUGUGGAUGCCCAUAAGUGGAGGCUGGUGUAUAAACUGAUAAUAAAUGACGAUAUAGUAAAACACAGCUGUAACAUUAUAAAACAUAUCUUCAAAUGAAAAGUUAUCAUUGCUGCCGAAGACUGGAAAUUUUAAAAUGCCUUUAUAACUGCUUACAAACCAUUUAUUUAAUGUGUGAAUAUGCUUAUAUGAGGGACUUAUAUUCAAGUGGUAGUGAUACAACUUUACAAUAAGGUACAAAAGGCUUUUAAGUUGUUUUUAAUGAUCUUGUUAAUGGUUAACUAGUGUAAAUAAAUAAAUGCUGUUGUCAUGCGUGUGAAAACAAGCGUUGGCAUUGUAUAUUCACUGCACUGACAUCUUCAAAUGUGGGCUUGUAACCUGGUAACAGUAUUUUAGGAAUGUAAGAUUUCAAUCAGCGUCAAUUUAGGAUUAUUUUUUGUAGAUGCUGCGUUUUGCUUUUUCCGUGCUGUUUCUGUUCAGUGGUCUAAAAGUUUCCGUUGGAAUGAUGUGAAUGUCAUUUGAAUGUAUUAAAGAAAGGUGUUCU